UCUUCGUAAUGUCGAUUUCUCUGAAAGCACCUUCUCUUCCUGGAACGAGAUCAUCCGCUAACUUCUCCAAUCGGUUUGUCACUGGUCGAGCGGCUUUCUCUCCGGUCCAGAAGCUUCGUCCUUCCAUAGAUGGCACAACAUUACCCCGACGGAAACUGAGUUUCCGCACGCGAACGGUUGUUCAAUCGGUUUUGGAGACAGAGAGGAGUACCAAGACGGAGAAGCCAGUGAGAUUGGUUGCUCUGGUCGGGAAAGGACAAGUAAGCCCACUCAAAUCCACCUCCUGGCACGAAGUUAUGCUCCACACUGCAAGAAGACUAAAAUGGGUUGAUGAAGGUUACGAAAUGCUCGUCUUUGAUGAUGGAAUCUUACGAUCAAAUGAUCAAAGAGCUAUGAAUCUGAAGAAGGAACUGAACCGGACUGAUAUCUUGGUUGUUGUUGCUGUUAACAACUCAGAAUCUGUUAAAUGGAUUCAGACGAACAGCAAGAACAUCAAAAACGUGAUUUGUUUCGAGUCUUCUCCAGAUUUGAUGAACAGGCUCGGAGGCACUGAUUUCAAAACCGGUGAUACAGACAAAGAAGGAACGGAGGUUGUGAAGACAGUGGGAGAUGCUUGGGAACGCCGCAACUCUGAUGACAUACGGUUCUGUUUGCUUGUCAUCAUCAACGCUUACGUUAGACCAGUUCCCGUGUUGCAGAACCUGAGAUCCAAAGGGUUCUCGACGCUUGGUUGUAUGGUUAAAAACUGUGGACCUCAGAUUCUGAACUGUCUCUUGGAUCCGAAUUGUCGGAAAGCUCUUCAGUGUUUGAACAAAUGUAGUCCUGUGGACCAGGUGUGCAGCUACAGAUGCAUUGCUUCUUACGAGAGUCCGUACUUUGAAGCCUUCUCUCUUUGUGUACUACAGAAACACAACUGUCUAGAGCUAGAUGCAAAGAUCCCUGAAAAGCCUUAUGUGCCUCCCAUGACGAGUUUUCGAGGGAAGGAGUUAUGUCAUGAGACAGCAGAAGACCUUUUUGUUGGAUGGUUAGGGGACUUGGACUGGAGCUGGCGUGUCGCGGCUGGACAAAACCCGGCUUAUGAUCAGUUCCCGUGUCAGUACCAGCUUUUCUACAGAGGUAAAGGGAAGUCAUCGUUUUGGUACGAACCUGUGUUUCAGGUGAGGACGCUUGAAGGGAAGCUGGUGUGGAGAAGGAGAAGAUACUCGGUUAAGAGAGGAAAGACUCCUGCAACGUUCCGUCUCAGUGUUUUAGACAAUGGUGUGGUGUCAAACGAGUUUUGGACUAUUGUGGAUGUGUGUGAUGAUCUCAGUUGGGGACUGUUCCAUUACAAUGGAGCGGCUCGUGUUGCGGGACAGUCUUACACCGGAGCUGUGCUUGUGACACCUGAUGGUUCGUACCCGGCAGAGAAGGAGAGGGAAAGAUUGCAGUCAGCAUUGGAGAAAUGUGGGAUUAAAGAGUGGGAGCUCUUUGCUGUUGAUAACUGUUCUUGUGAGAAUCCUCCUUUGGGGAUACCUGAAGGCUCUAGACUGCAUUCGAAAAUCAGCACCAUCAAGGAACCGGACUCGGUUCAGGGCGUAGAGAUGUAAAACCUAGAGAUUAUAUGAGAUAUCAAAUAGAGUAGAAAGUUAUGAGAUUAUCAACUUUUUUUACAAGUUAUGUAACUUGCAUACAUGUACAAAAAUUUAAUCUCAAGACAAAAGCACUCUACUGUUUUUGUCUGACAAAG